GCAUUGCGUUACUCUCAUAAUGCCAGGGCCCCCCAUAGCAUACCUUGUUUCGGUCAUCCAUCUCCAAAAACUGGAAAGCAAACAGGAGCCUCCCUACAAGCCCCAGAUGGCGUACAGCCUCCAUCCUUACCACAUCCACGUCGCUGUCGUCUACCUCCAGUGGCUCUUCAUCAUUUUCCUCUAGUGUAAUUUGGUUUAGUUGUUUCUCCAGAUGGCGUACAGCCUCCAUCCUUACCACAUCCGCACCGCAUGAUUAAACAUGGCAACCCGAUUAAAAAGGAUGAUGUAAUAGCUAGUAUACAUGUCUCACAUUGGCUUAAGAAGUUUUUUUGAUCCAUUAAUAUUAGUUAUGAUGUCUCCAACUCGUCAAG